AUGUUUGACGUGCCAUUAAUCGAUGACAUUGAGGAAGAUCCAGUAAAUGACAAUAUUUUAGAAGAAAAUUCCACAGAAUUUGAAGGUUUUGAUGGAGAGUACGGACCGUACUUUCCAAAUUUUACGUCUGCAACAUUUAUUACAAAAUUCUUAUCCGGGGCUGUUUCGAUUCUAAAUGGGGACGAUUUUCAUCCGGGUAUGUUAUGUUUAGCAACUAGCGCAUAUGAAGACCUAGCCAAAAUAAUUACUCAUCCUAAAUUUCGCAAAGAAGAUGUUAUCGGGAAUAUUAGACGUAUGCGUAAGUGGAGGUAUAGGUUACCUCUACUUACAGUACGUCAACAUGAUGUGCCUAUUUGUUCUCAAAAGGCACCAUCUGCACUUGCAUCUUCAAAGAAAGCAUUUACAAUAUCUCCGUUAACAUAUUUGGAGCGUAUAUUAAAUAAUCCGGCAAUUACACCUAAAUUAUACUUCGGACCUGGAGUAAUUAAAAAUGAAAAAAGCGAAUUCUGGCACGGAAACCUCUGGCAAGAAUCUCCGCUUUUUGGAUCACAUGAUAUAAGAAGCAAUAGUGGAG